UUGGGCGUUCGACGCGUUCGACGCGCUCAAGCGCGUUCCGGCGCUCGGUCCUUCUUCGCCACGCCCCUCGCGUCGUCCACGAGUCUGACUCCGUCCCCUCGCUGCACAUAGCCUCUACUCUCUGCAUCCGGCGACGAGCAUGAGUUCCAGCCCCAUUGUGUACCGUCAAUAUACGGGCGAGUCCGAUUUGCGUCACAUCAUGUCUCUCGUCCAGCAUGAACUGAGCGAGCCGUAUGUCAUAUACACUUAUCGGUACUUCUUGCGGCAGUGGCCUCAUCUAUCCUUCCUAGCGUAUCCCGACGAGAACUCCGACCCUGUAGGCGUUAUCGUGUGCAAACAAAGCAUGCACAGGGAGACGCGGAAUAGAGGGUACAUUGCGAUGCUGAGCGUGCAUCGAGACUGGCGGAAGCGGGGUAUCGCCAGUACGCUUGUUCGUCGUUCUCUCGCUAUCAUGAAGCAACACGGAGUCGAAGAGGUCGUCCUCGAGACGGAGUUUGACAACUCAGCCGCGCUCUCUCUGUAUGAAUCUCUCGGGUUCAUACGUGAGAAGCGACUGUUCCGCUUCUAUCUCAACGGAAAGGACGCAUUCAGGCUUGUCCUGGUGGUACCUCCGGGCUCCGAAGACCAACAGGACGACAUCGGCAUCCCAUCGCCGAUACCACCGAGGCCGCUUUUCCUCGCACCACCACGGAUGGUCCCUAUACCUCCCCUACCUUACGACGCCGAUGAAGCUUCCGCACGUUAGAGAAUACCGUAUGCGUCCGCGAUCGCCGAUUCCUGCUUGGCACUUUCACCGUACUCUCUUCUGGACUGCAGCCGCCAUCCGUGCCGCAUCACGGUAUUUAUGACACUCAGUCUGGCGAUGUAUUUCACUUCGUGCUCCCCACUACGCCUUGUAGCCUCAGCUGUAGAACAGUGUACGUUAGUCGAGACCAACCCGAAUAGCCUUCUGCCUUUGCCUCGUGCUGUGGAGGUGUCUGCCGCGGCGCGUCCACAUCCUGCACCUCUAGUCCCAAUGCGAAGCACCGCCGCAACGAUGUACG